AUGGAGAUUCUGAUGUCAAACUGGUCGAACGAUGUUCAAACUACGCCUGAAAAUUACAUAUUCCCGCCCGAUAAACGGCCCGGAAAACACGUUUUUCCGCUUCUGAACGACAUACCUAUAAUCGAUCUUGCAAUGGCGGAAGGGAACAACAGAGGAGACAUAAUUCGGCAUAUUUUUAGCGCAAUCCGAAAAUUCGGGUUCUUUCAGGUGAUCAACCAUCAAAUUCCUUUGAUCCUAAUGGCUGACACCAUGAAUGUCUUCAAGGAGCUAUUUGAGAUGCCAGCUGAAUACAAGAAGAAGUUUUACUCUGUGGACAUCAGUAAAAAAUGCAGAAUUUACUCGAGCACGAUGAACUACGACAACGAAGAAAUUCACUACUGGAGGGAUAAUUUCACCCACCAUUGUUACCCGCUCGAAGACCAAAUCCAUCUCUGGCCGGAAAAACCAACCAGAUAUAGAGAAGUAGUUGGUGCAUAUUCAACUGAAGCCAGGAAGUUUCUAUUAAAGAUUUUGGAUUUUAUUUCCGAAGGAUUGGGGCUAAAACGGGGAUAUUUCAAUGGCGAACUUAGCGGAAUCCAAUUAUUGUCCGUUAAUCAUCAUAUUCAGUGCCCCAAUCCGAGCUUGACACUUGGCAUGCCCGAGCACACGGACCCAAACCUCAUAACCAUGCUCCAUCAGUGUCAUGUUCCCGGCCUACAAGUUUUUCACAACGGUCAAUGGAUGAAUAUCGAGCCAUUAAUUAAUGGCUUAAUCGUCAUCCCGGGACUCCAACUUAAGGUGAUUAGUAACGGAAGAUUUUCCAGCCCAAUCCACCGUGUGAUAACGCAUCAAAAAGAGUCUCGCACGACGAUAGGGACGUUCCUAAUCCCAUCAAACCAUGUCCUUAUCCAGCCUGCCAAACAGAACCCUGCAGGGGACAAUGAUGACCCUGUCUACACAAGCUUUACCUACAAAGAAUUUUUCAACAAAUUCACUGGGAGUAAAUGUGAUGCUGAGUCCACACUGGAACUUUUCAAGAAGAAGACUUGA